GGGGCCCCUGCGGUGGGAGUCCCGCCCUGGGGCGUCCAUGUUCCCGCACCGCUCACGGGGGGCGCUGGCCCUGGGAAUCGGCGGGCCUUCCCGAGUCCCGGGCCCUUGGCGCCUGCGAGCUCCAGCCCUCGCCGUCCCGGGGCGGGUUCCCUCUGCGGCGGCGCGCGGCGCGGGCGAAGGCGGAGGACGAGCCAGGCGGGCGGCGCCGCGGCGGAGGGGGCUCAGGGGUUGGCAGGCGCGCAGGGAGAGGCCGGCACGCCCGACGCCCCGCAGACGAGGGGGGCCAGCCGCCGCGGGGGGCCCCCAAAGCCGCGGGCGGGUGCCCCAGGUUGACUCCGGCCGGCGCUUGCUGACCCACCCGCCGCUGGUCCCCCGGCUCCGGCGCAGCCAGCCGUGAAUUCUCGUCGUCGUUCCUGACGCGGACACGUGACGCUUCCCUAAAACAAGACAUGAAACAUGAGGGCGAGGACCUCUGGGGAGCCGUGCCCUUUUCGUUCGUCCGGAACCUGCAACCCGGAGGAGGAACUUGUCCUGAAGGGACAGCGGCCGCAUGAGUUCGCCAGUUUGGCCUGGGCUAAGACGUCUACAGACCCUAGGAUUGCUGUAGGUCAACAGUCCCCCCUGGAGAAAAAAGUCUUGAAUCUAGGUGGCGUGCAUACAACAGCGGCGAGACAGCUGAUAACUCAAAAAUAUCAGGAGGAGCAUGAAACACUGUGUAGGGAGCAAGCUCUUUCUCUUGACUAUUGGCUUGCCAGAGCAGAGUCUUAUUAUAAUAGAAGAAUAAUGGACACGAUGAAAGAACAAGAGACAGGCUAUGAAAUCAAGAAGAGACCGGAGGGGAAAACGACCCACAAGCUAGAGAGACAAAAGCAGUAUUACUUGGUUCCCGGGAGAGAGGUGAAACACAUAGAAAGGCACAUUCAGAAGGCAGGUCAGCUCAGAGAGUUGAAGACCAAAACGUGUAGGCAGUUACCACGGCCCCCUAGUGAAACAACAUUCCCAAAAAUUGCGCCAGGAGAGCGCAGCGUCCUGAGCGUACAAACAAGAAGGCAGGUAAGCGAGAGGGAACAGAUGCAAAUUAAAGGUCACCAGGAUCGCAUGCUUCGGGGGAGAGAACUCCUGGAGCAAAGGCUCAAGGAGAGAGUCUUGAGAAAAAGCCAGAGCCAGCCGCCAACACGGGACAGGCGCGGGAGAGCAAAGAGCGAGAUAAAAGAGCUUGAAAGCGUUACUGCGUAUCCCCUUUACCAGCCACGCGGUAGAAGCCGGAUUAAAGUGAGUAUCCUUGUGGAGAAGAAUAGAGAAGAAGUGAAUGCUAUUAUAAAACCACAUCAAAGAAAAUUCUUAACCAUGCCACCCUUUCUGAGAAGCCAAAUAGGAAAAAUAAAAGACGAGUAAAGUUUCAAUGCUUUUAUAAUAAAAUCACUUGUUGUAAGCGAA